AUGUCGGAUGAAUCAGUGCGUUCUUGUAUUUUGGGUCUUUUACGUCUAACAAAACCGCAUAGCGCUCAGCUGAGACGUCGGUGUAAUGAUCUAUGGUGUUACGAGUUGCUGCGUUUAUCGGGUGAUCGACUCGUGAACAGACUUAAAUACGUGAUCUGGUGGGCCCCUUUACGAGCUCUAGUGGUAGCCUAUAACAGAGGCAUAUUAAGUGGUCAACGAGUGCUGGGUGUUGUGUAUGAGGAGUUACAGUGCCGUGGUGUUUUAGAAGCUGCCGGCAUAAGAGCCCUUGUUGAUGAAAUCAGAUGUAAGUACCUUUAUCUCGAUAAAUCACUGUUGUUGGCGGUUAACAAUACAGCAGCUAUUUUUACCAUAGGCUAUCGGCAGUUUUACGAUGCGGGGAGUGACGAAGAAGAGGCUCUCGCUGAGGCGACGAGAGCUGUGGAGGAAACGGAUCUAGAGCGUCAAACGGCCCUCUACCAACCGCUGCAUGAGGAGGGGGUAGGGGAAGAGCCUAGAGCGAGCUCCUCGGCAGCCCCGCCCGAGCCGAUACCGCAGCAUUUUACCAUAGGCUAUCGACAGUUUUACGAUGUGGGGAGUGACGAAGAAGAGGCUCUCGCUGAGGCGACGAGAGCUGUGGAGGAAGCAGAGCAUCAAACCGCCCUCUACCAAUCGCAGCAUGAGGAGAGGGCUGAGGAAGAGACUAGAGCGAGCACCUCGGCAGCCUCGGCCGAGCCAAUACCGCUGCAGCCCGAGUCUGAUGACGACGAGGCGUCGACUAUUCUCAACCCCUUCUUGAUGUUUAGCGAUCGGUCUGAUAUACUGGCUGUGUACCGGCAAGCCAGAGCUAACGAUGACGACGGAGCGAUAGCGGGUCCAUCGAAUCACCACCAUCGUCAGUAGGAAGAUGACCUCGUACAGCCCGA